GCGACGCUGUGCCAACGGUAAAAUUUCACCCGAAAGGAGGACCACAACUCCCAGCAACCUUUGCUGCCGUGCGGGGGGUCUUCACGUUCUCGUGGCGCGGCGCAGGCGCUGUGGGUCUUCGGCGCGGACCGCGCAGACUGAAUAAUAAAAGGGGAGCGGCGAAGAGGCAGGAAGACAGGACCAUGUCGAAGGGCCCCGGGCCCGGCGGCUCGGCAGCUUCCUCGGCGCCCCCGGCCGCUACCGCUCAGGUGCUGCAGGCACAGCCCGAGAAACCGCAGCACUACACGUACCUGAAGGAGUUCCGCACAGAGCAGUGCCCGCUCUUCGUGCAGCACAAAUGCACACAGCAUCGGCCCUACACCUGUUUCCACUGGCACUUUGUGAACCAGCGUCGCCGCCGCUCCAUCCGCCGGCGGGAUGGCACCUUCAACUACAGUCCAGAUGUCUACUGCACCAAGUACGACGAGGCUACAGGCCUCUGCCCAGAGGGCGACGAGUGCCCAUUCCUGCACAGGACCACAGGGGACACUGAACGCAGGUAUCACCUCCGUUACUAUAAAACUGGAAUCUGCAUCCAUGAGACAGACUCAAAAGGCAACUGCACCAAAAAUGGCCUGCACUGCGCUUUUGCCCACGGCCCGCAUGACCUCCGCUCCCCUGUUUACGACAUCAGGGAGCUCCAGGCCAUGGAGGCCUUGCAGAAUGGCCAGACUACAGUAGAGGGCAGCAUAGAGGGCCAGUCAGCUGGGGCGGCAAGCCAUGCCAUGAUAGAAAAAAUCCUCAGUGAGGAGCCCCGGUGGCAAGAGACUGCUUAUGUGCUGGGGAACUACAAGACGGAGCCGUGCAAGAAACCCCCUCGGCUGUGCCGCCAGGGCUAUGCCUGUCCCUACUACCACAACAGCAAGGACCGGCGCCGGAGUCCUCGGAAGCACAAAUACAGGUCAUCUCCAUGUCCAAACGUCAAGCAUGGGGACGAGUGGGGAGACCCUGGCAAGUGUGAAAACGGAGACACCUGUCAGUAUUGUCACACUCGCACAGAGCAGCAGUUCCACCCCGAGAUCUACAAGUCCACCAAGUGCAACGACAUGCAGCAGUCCGGCAGCUGUCCCCGAGGACCUUUUUGCGCCUUUGCCCACAUAGAACCGCCACCCUUAAGUGAUGAUGUGCCGCCUUCCUCAGCCGUAUCCAGCCCUACCCAGCCGGGUCCAGUUUUGUACAUGCCAUCUGCUGCCGGAGACUCGGUCCCUGUGAGCCCCUCCAGCCCGCAUGCCCCUGACCUCAGCGCCCUCCUCUGUAGGAGCAGUGGCCUGGCCAGUCCACCUCACCUCUGCAGCUCCCCACCUGGCCCCAGCCGGAAGACCUCAAACCUGGAGGGCCUGGUCUUCCCUGGGGAGGCCAGCCUCGCCCCUGGCAGCUAUAAGAAAGCUCCUGGCUUCGAGAGGGAAGACCAGGUCGGGGCGGAGUACCUGAAGAAUUUCAAGUGCCAGGCUAAAUUAAAACCCCAUUCGCUAGAGCCCAGGAGCCAAGAGCAGCCUCUGCUUCAACCCAAACAGGACGUGCUGGGCAUCCUCCCUGUGGGCAGCCCCCUGACUUCCAGCAUCUCUUCCAGUAUUACCUCCAGCUUGGCAGCCACUCCCCCCAGCCCUGCAGGCACCAGCAGCGCCCCUGGCAUGAAUGCAAAUGCUCUGCCCUUCUACCCAACCAGCGACACGGUAGAGUCGGUCAUAGAGUCUGCCUUGGAUGACCUGGACCUGAAUGAGUUUGGAGUAGCAGCCCUGGAGAAGACUUUUGAUAACAGCACAGUGCCCCACCCCAGCAACAUCACAAUCGGCGGCAGUUUGUUGCAGAGCUCCGCGCCUGUGAACAUCCCUGGCUCCUUAGGCAGCUCAGCCUCCUUCCGCUCUGCUUCUCCAUCCCCUCCCGUCAGCCUCUCCUCACAUUUCCUGCAGCAACCCCAGGGCCACUUGAGUCAGUCAGAAAACACAUUUUUGGGGACCUCAGCGUCACAUGGAUCUUUGGGUCUGAACGGGAUGAACAGCAGCAUCUGGGAGCAUUUUGCCUCUGGAAGCUUCUCCCCAGGCACUUCCCCUGCCUUCCUAUCAGGGCCAGGGGCUGCUGAGCUGGCCCGGCUUCGGCAAGAGCUAGAUGAAGCUAACGGCACCAUCAAGCAGUGGGAGGAGUCCUGGAAGCAGGCCAAGCAGGCUUGUGAUGCCUGGAAGAAGGAAGCCGAGGAGGCCGGAGAGCGGGCCAGCGCAGCUGGAGCAGAGUGUGAGUUGGCCCGGGAGCAGCGGGAUGCCCUGGAGCUGCGGGUGAAGAAACUGCAGGAGGAGUUGGAGCGGCUGCACACAGUGCCAGAAGCCCAGACCCUGCCAGCGGCCCCUGACCUGGAGGCGCUCUCCCUCUCCACCCUGUACUCCAUCCAGAAGCAACUGCGGGUCCACCUGGAACAAGUGGACAAGGCUGUGUUCCACAUGCAGUCAGUGAAAUGCCUUAAGUGUCAGGAGCAGACCCGGACAGUGCUGCCGUGCCAACACGCUGUGCUGUGUGAGCUCUGUGCUGAGGGCAGUGAGUGCCCUGUCUGCCAGCCCGGCCGGGCCCAUGCCCUCCAGUCGUGACCCUGCAGACCAGGCCCAGGUGGGCCUAGACCUUUUCACCUAGGACUUUUUAAAGUAUAUAUAUGUAUGUAUGUAUGUAUGUACGUAUGUAUGUAUAUGUAUAUGAUUAUGUACAUGUAUACAUUUGUGUGCAGGUGUGCGUGGUGCCAGCGUGUGCACAGUGUCUGUGUGUAUAUCUGGACAUAGAUAUAGACACACACUUUAAAACAGACUUACCAAGCACUUUUUAAAGAAGAAACUAUUUUGCAGUCCUCUCCUGUCCCUUCCCCAUCCUUUCUGCUCAAAGACAACGUCCCUCUUUUCCCACUGGCCUUUUGACAGUGGAUAUGUUUUUGUCUCUUUUUUUAAUGUAGGAACUAACUAUUUUAACUUCUUCCUGGGGCCAGAGCAGGGAAGGAUGGGAAGCCGGAAGAGUAGGCCGGCUCUGUUCAUCCUGCCUUUCCGGGCCAGGGUCUGUCGGCCUGGACUCAGGCCCCGCCUUCCUAGCUGUGAGGGCUUCAGGCAGGUCUGAAACUCUAAACCAGACUAGCUCCUGGGUUUACCAAAUAUGUAUUUAACUCUGGGGACAGCCACAGAGCAGGAGGCCGAAGCUACAGGCUAGCCCCACUCCCACACCUGGGCCCUUGAAGCUCCUCAAGGGUCAAGAUCUAGUUCUGUCCCUCGGGAUCUUGAAGCCUGGGCUUCUCCUUGAUCAUUUCCUUCUGGAAUCCCUACAGUAGCCUCUUUGACCCCACAGUCACUUGUCAGGUUGGCACUGCCCUCACCUGUCCCUGCCUCCUUCCCUCGGGCACACGGCUGUGGAGCCGGCAAGCUCCUUCCCUCUGGCAGCUAGCAGGGCGAUUGUUGGGAGGAGUGCAGCGUGAGGACCAAGGGGCACAGGCCCUGCCCUUCUUGCUGGGAGGAGGUAGUAUGCAUUCCUUGGUGCUCUUUGAGUGCAGCUGACGUACUGCCGUUCUGGGCAGACGCCUGUGUGCAUGUGUGUGCGUGCCUGUCUGAUGUAUAUUGUGUUUAGCUUCAAUUUUAAAAAUUGUUCUGUACAGAGAUGCAGUGAAUCGGGAAAGCAGAGUGGGCAGAGGGAGGCAGCCCUGCUCCCAGUACUGGGUGUCCAGAGGGCUCAAGAGGGCUUCGAAGAAUCCGCCCCAGCAUAGGCCCCUCCCUUGGGCUCAGCACGAAAGGGCUUUCAAUGAAUUAAGUGAAAACUUUUUCUUUUUUUACAAAAAUGAAAAAAAUCAACAAACUUAUUGAAAAUAAACUAUCAACUUGCA